GGUGGUGGUGGUGUGGAUGGUGUUAAUUCAAUACAAACAUCAUCAUCAUCAUCAUCAUUGACAACAAAAGAUGUUUUUAAAGGAAAAAAACAAAUUCAAUCAAUAUUAAAUCCAAAUGCACGUGAAUUUCUACAAGAUUAUCAUCAUCAUCAUCAUCAGAAACAUCAACGAAAUCUUCGUAAUUUACCAGCAAAUUUAAUGAAAAAAUCAUCAACAAGUAAAAAAAUUGAUAUACAUUUAACACCAAGACAACAACAAGUGAUUGAUGAAAAAUUCAAUACAUUACGACAAAGAAAACAUCGACAAUUACCAACAAUCGAUGAAACAAUCGAUUGUUAUCAAUUCGAACAACAAAAUAAUAAUAAUAAUCAAUCAAUUGAUUUGAAUAAUAAUGAUGAACGAAAACAUCGAUUACAAUCAAAAUCAAAAUCAUCAUCAUUAUCAAAAUUUUCCAAAUCAACACCGAAUUUAUUCGAUGUAAUCGAUUCAGAAUCAUCAAUGAAAUCGGAUAAUAAUAAUCAGAAUAAGAAAACAUUUACACAUCGUUUACAGGAUCGUUUAAAACGUUUUUUCAAUACCGGUUCACGAUCAUCAUCAGUACAGAAACAUAAAAUUUCAAAUGAAAUUAUUGGUAAUAAUGAUAGUGAUGGUCGUUCAGUUCGGAUUAAAUAUUUUAAAUAUAAUGCAUCAUAUCGUAAAGCACAACGUGGUAAACAUCGUCAACCACAACAGAUUAAAUAUCGUUUAUUAGAACCAAUUUUAUUAAGAAAAGAUGAAUUACCAUCAUCAUCAUCAUCAUCAUCAUCGACAGCAAUGGAACAACAAGCAUUAUUAAUAUAUGAAAAUUUUGGUGUUCGAUUUAUAAUCGAUCAAAAUCAUCAAUAUUUAAUUGAAUUAGCAUUUCAACAACAACAAAGUCUUACCUAUUGUGAAGAUUUUACUAAAAAUCUAGCCGGUGCUGUUCAAACAUUAGCAUUACUUGAAUUACAAGCCGAUAUUAAUCAAUUACAACAAUUAUUUCGAUUAUCACCAUCGAUGAAUUAUGAUAUGAUUAAUAAUAAUAAUAAUAAUAAUGCCACCGCUAUUACAAAUAAUUGUUCUACAUAUAUAAUACCGAUGCCAAAUUUUUCAAAAAAUCGUAAAACAUUUCCAUCUUUAAUAAGUAAAAAUGAAAAUCGUUCAAUAAUAAUAUUUGGUGGUAAUCUUACAGCAUUACAUGUACGUGAUAAUGAACGUAAUAAAAAUGAUUUAGAUGUUCCUUCCAUAUUAAAACAUAUGAUCGAUUAUCUUGGUGAAAAUGGUGUCAAAGAAGAAGGAAUAUUUCGUGUUCCUGGAACUAAAAAUCGUUUGAAUAAAUUGGAAGAAGAAUUAACCGAUCUUUAUUUAAAUUAUUAUAAAUUAAAUAAACCGGAUGAUAUUGAUGAAAUUAAUACGAUAUUCGAUAAAUAUAAUGUUCAUGAUGUUGCAUCAUUAUUAAAAUUAUUUAUUCGUCGUUUAUCACCACCAUUAAUGACAAAUGAAUUAAUGGAUAUAUUUUUAAUGAUACCGAAAAUUAUGAAUAUAUUUGUUAAAAUUAAGAUUUUAAAUCUAUUAAUGCUUACAUUGAAUGAUACACAUCGUAAUAGUUUGAAUGCAUUAUUGAAUCUUUCAAAUAAAGUUGUACGAUUUAAAGAAUAUAAUCUGAUUACAUUGGAUGGUAUUGUUACAUUAUUAGCUGCUAAUCUUUUUAAUUUUUGUCCAUCACCAUCAUCAUCGAAUAAUCGUAAUAAUAAUCAUCAAUCAACAAUAAAUGGUCAAAAACGUUCAAGUAUAUCAACAACAAUCGAUUCAAUUGGUUUACCUACUACUUAUUCUCAACAAGAAAAACGAGAUGGUUCACCAAAAUCAUUAUCAUCCAAUAAUAAUAAUAAUCAUUAUCGAAGGAUAUCUGUUUCUAGUCAAGCAGUAAAUGAGAUCUCAACCGAAAUGGCUAAUCAAUUGGAACGUACACAGAAUUCAUUAGGUGUAUUAAAAUUAUUGAUCAAUUUGCAGCCAAUUUUAUUUCAUAUACCACCAUAUCUUGAACGACAAAUUCAUGAAAAUGGAGAGAAAAAAGCUCAAGUUAAUAAAUUGUUUAAUUUAUAAAUUCAAUCAUCAACAGAUGUCACUACUAGGUGUUCAAUUUAUUUUUAUUGGAUUUUUUUGUAUUUUUUG